AUGCCUAACGAGAAAAAUAAAAGUUUAUUUGCGGAGGGAAACAUUAAAGUCAUUUGUCGUUUUCGUCCGUUAAGUGAUGAUGAAAUUGAAGAUGGAGCAGAAUCGAUUAUCAAAUUACCCAACGAAGCGGAAGAAAACUGCAUUUCAAUUGGUGCCAAGUCUUACUCGUUUGAUAAAGUUCUCCAUUCGGACGCAACGCAAGAUAGAUUAUAUACUGUGGCAGCUGAGCCUCUAGUCAGUGAUCUCCUCGAUGGCUACAAUGGUACUUUAUUUGCUUACGGUCAGACUUCAUCCGGGAAAACUUAUAGCAUGGAAGGCAUCAUUGGUGAUACUGUAGAGCAAGGUAUCAUUCCUCGUGCAGUUAAUGAAAUUUUUAAUCGCAUUCGCAGCAAGGCCAUGGAAUUCGAAUUCCUUGUCAAGGUAUCCUAUUUUGAAAUCUACAUGGAAAAAAUACAUGACUUGCUUGAUGCGAGCAAAGUCAAUUUGCAAAUUCAUGAAAGCCGGACACGAAAGCCAUAUGUUAAGGACAUAAGCGAACGCUAUGUAUCAUCGCCAGAGGACGUAUUCGAUAUUAUUGAAGAGGGCAGAUUAAAUCGUCAUGUGUCAGUGACUAAUAUGAACAAAUAUUCGUCUCGUUCGCAUUCUGUUUUUUCUAUUCGGGUGAAUCAAAAAAACUUAAUACAUCAAAGGCAAUUAUCGGGAACAUUGUAUUUCCUUGAUUUGGCGGGUUCAGAAAAGGUGUCGAAAACUGGUGCGAAUGGAGUUGUAUUAAAUGAAGCCAAAAUUAUUAAUAAAUCGUUAUCAGCUUUGGGUAACGUGAUAUCAGCUUUGUCUGAUAGUAAAAAGACGCAUAUACCGUAUCGCGAUUCGAAGUUGACACGCAUUCUCCAGGAGUCAUUAGGUGGUAAUGCACGUACCACAGUGUUGCUUUGCUGUUCUCCAGCCGAUACCAGUGAAAGUGAGACAAAAUCUACUUUGGAGUUUGGGCGUCGAGCUAAAAAUAUUAAGAAUGUCGCGUUUAUUGAUGAAAGAUGCAGCGCGGAAAAGUGGAAAAUAUUGUAUGAAAGACAGGUAUGGCAAAUGCGGCAACUUGAAAAUGAAUUAAUUCGCUGGCGAAACGGUGAAUUAGUUCGUCCUAGCGAACAAGUCAACUUUGCCGAUUCAAUGUAUAGCUCAAGCUCAGAUAUAAAAAACACUCUCGUGGAUAACUGCAUUAGCCCAAUUAGCUUUCAUUCAUCCGCCACCAAUAUGACUUAUCUAAAAGAAUCGGAUGAAACACUACAACGAACAUAUGAUAAAAGUGAACAAAUUUUUGAACUAAAUUCAGAUAUCGAUAACCUAAAACAACAAUUUAUCGAAAAAGAAGAUACUAUAAGUGACUUAGAAGCUGAAAAUAACGGGUUAAAACAGGAGCUCGAGUCUGCCAAGAAAGAAGUAAAAACGUUAAUAAAUGCUGUGGAAAGGUUAGCUCGUGAUUACGAUGAAAAAUGUGCAGAGCUAUUUACUAAAGAAGAAGACAUUAAGGACCUAAGCGAGAAGUUGAAAUUUGCACAAAAUACUCAAAACGACUGCCUGUUGAAGAUGGAAAAUCUAAAUAAUAUAAAGGACGAUAUUAAUGAAAUGAUGAACCAUUUCUCUACCGGCUUAAUGGAAAUAACCCAAAGUCUAUCCGCUGAAUAUCCUUCCAGUGAUUCUGGUACAAAGAGUACGGUUAGCUUAACCGAAAUUGCUAACAUGGAGAACGCUAUGAAUUUGAACGAGAAGUUCGCGCUCUUGGAUAAUAAAGAUGAAUUUUCACUUAAGGCACUUGACGAUAAUUUACGAAAAAUAGCUUUAGACGAACAAAAUGAUAUGCACGAACAAAGUCUCGAUAUGAAAACCAUGAAAGAAAUGCUCACGACCAUUGGUACCGAAGCCAAACAAAAGAUAAGGAAUUUGAGUAUGAACGACAUGAAUAGCGUGGGAACAAAUGAUAUAAGUGAAGUAUGCCAAGAAUUAAGACCACCACGAAAGUUUCUUAAUCUCGACAAAGAAGUUGCGAAUGAACUCGAUCGGCUCCGUCAGGUCAUUGCCUUCAACCAACGCUUAGACCGAAUUCGCCAAGGUAUUAUACAACUGGAAAGUCACUUAACCAACGAAUUGGGCAUAUUUUACUUAAAUAUGCGGAACGUUUUCAAUACUACUGACGCCAGUCGAGAAACUAAAUCCGAAACAUUUUACAUUGAAAAGCUAGAGCAGCCGGAACCUAUAAUGAAAUCAGCCGACAAUCAGAACAUUGCACACGAACGCUAG